AUGUUUCUUCCAACCGUCCUCCUCUCGACUCUAGUAAUCUUCUCCUCCUCCCCCUCCACCGCCCUCGCCCAGUCCUGCUGGCGAGAUGUCGUCUGCACAGGACCAACCGAACAAGCCUUUCCCGGUCCCUGGGACGAAAACAUCUACGCUCCUUCCUCGCGUCACAUCCAGCCCACCAACAUUCUAUGUCUCGAAGAUGGCGGAAGUUUGAUUUCCGAAUAUUCCUCAAACGCGAUACCACCUCUGCAAGGGAACGGCAGCGCGUUGGUUUUUGAUUUUGGGAAAGAAGUCGGUGGGAUUGUUACGGUGGUGUAUACGACUACGGGUGGCGCGGGAGCGUUGGGGUUGGCGUUUACGGAGGCGAAGGAUUAUAUUGGUUUGAAGAGUGAUUCGAGUAAUGGACAUUUUGCCGGUGGGAAUGUGGAUCAGUCUUGUAAUGAUGGUGCUCUAUACGACAACUUCACCAAUGCUGGGGAUCACUCAUAUACCAUGGACCUGCCGCAUCUGCGCGGAGGAUUCCGAUACUUGACUCUCUUUCUCCUGACCGACGAAUCCUCUUCUUCUUCUUCAUCUCCAACCUCGCUUUCCAUCACAGAUAUCAGUCUCGAAAUCGGAUUCCAGCCAACAUGGUCGAAUUUGCGAGCCUAUCAAGGAUAUUUCCACUCCAAUGACGAAGAGCUGAAUCGCAUCUGGUAUAGCGGUGCAUACACGUUGCAGACCAACUAUGUGCCCACGAAUACUGGUCGGUGGUUUCCAACUCUCUCUGCCGGCUGGGCGAAUAAUGGAUCGCUGUCUAAUGGGUCUACCGUCAUUGUGGAUGGAGCGAAGCGCGAUCGGGCGGUCUGGCCGGGAGAUAUGGGAAUCGCUGUCCCUGCCAGCUUUGUCUCAUUGGGAAAUGAUUUGGAGAGUGUGAAGAAUGCUCUUCAGGUCAUGUAUGAUUUUCAGAAUGCCGAUGGCUCAUUCCCAGAAGCAGGGCCGCCUCUUCUCCAACAAAGCAGCGAUACGUAUCACAUGUGGACGAUGAUUGGAACGUACAACUACGUGCUCUACACCAACGAUACGACUUGGCUCGAAUCGAAUUGGCCGAGGUACGAGCAGGCCAUGGAAUACGUCUACAGUAAAGUCCUACAACCUCUCGGCCUCUUGAACGUCACCGGCACAAGAGACUGGGCUCGUCAAGCUACAGGAGGCAACGCCUCGGAACCCAAUAUGAUCCUCUACCAAACCCUCAAAACCGCAACUUCCCUCGCCGACUGGCUCGGCCGUACCGAUCUCAGCUCCAAAUACUCCAUUCGCGCCACCACCCUCGUCACCGCCAUCACCAACCACACCUACAACGCCACCCAUGGCGCCUUCCGCGACAACACCACCUCCAUCCAACUCUACCCCCAAGACGCCAAUUCCAUGUCUCUCCUCUUCGGCGUCGUCCCACCCGACUCCCCCCUCGCACAAAACAUCUCUCUCCGCCUCACCGACAACUGGACCCCGAUCGGAGCCGAAACGCCCGAGUUACCAAACAACAUCAGCCCCUUUAUCAGCUCCUUCGAAAUCCUCGCCCACCUCACCAUCGGCCAAACACACCGCGCUCUCAAUCUCCUCCGUCGCACCUGGGGUUGGUAUCUCAACCACCCCAACGGCACACAAAGUACCGUCAUCGAAGGCUAUCUCACCAACGGAUCCUUUGGAUAUCGCAAUUAUCGCGGCUACAGCUAUGAUACUUCGUACAUAUCUCACGCGCACGGCUGGAGUGCUGGUCCCACGAGCGCUUUGACGGAAUUUAUUCUCGGACUGAAAAUUGUGGAGAGGUUGGGAGUGAGGUGGAUGUUGAAGCCGCAAUUUGGUGAUUUGAAACAUGUUCAAGGUGGGUUUGUUACUGGUUUGGGGAAAUUUCAGGCGGAAUGGAACAUUCUUGAUGACGAUGAGGAGGAGGGUGCUCGUGGUGGGGGGUAUGAGUUGAGUUGGAAUGUUCCCGAGGGGACGAGAGGGACGGUGGUUUUGCCGGCCUACAUGUACCUGACCUGA